AUGUUGAAGCGACGUGCUUCCAUCACUGACGAAAUCGAUGCUGGCCGCCCAAGAAAGAAGGUGCGGUACAGCGAGGAGGGUCCCCUUGUUGAGCACACUCAAGCCAACGUGGAGGGAGACGAUGUCGGCGUUGCCAUCACGUCCCCAGCCAGUAAUAAGUCAGCCAAGAAGGCGAAGCGGGCGGCUCGACGGGAGGCUCGCAAGGCCAAGUGGGCCACGCGACGCACUGCCUUCAAAAUCAAAGUCAAGAAGAUCCUUGACGCGGCGGUCACUCCGGGGAUGGUGGCACUUUUUACCGUCUUCUCCCCAGUCAUCAUGGCAAUUGGCAUCGUCAGCUUUGUGCUAGACGCAGUCGUCAUGUUCAUCAUCCAUGUGCUGGGCUGCCUUUGCGCGCCUGUGAUGAUCUGCAUCUGGUGGCCUUUUGACUGA